AUGAACUCUAGAUACAAACUCUCCAUUGUGGAAGAGUGGCCCAAUGACUUUCAAGAUUUGACGAUCUAUGACAAUCUUGAUGGAAGUUUUGAGCUCGCUGCUCUGUCGUCCAGCUCUCUUUCAUACUGGAAGUCCUCCUCCAACGAGCCGAAGGUGGUUUCAGCCGGGCGUUACCGAAAGGAUACCCUCUACAUCAGCAAACACCCAGACGCUCUCUAUCUCUGGGCCUACAAUGAGACAUCAAGCCAGAUUGAUUCAAUCAACCUUGGCACCAACAAAGUUUACCAGAUCGCAAUGCCAGACAACUUUGUCCUCAAUCAUAUCACCUACUACUGCUCCCCCCGUCUCGACAAAACUAUUUGUCUUGUCCAAGGAACCGUGGGUGGCUGGUCACAGCUUUACUACAGUGCACUCAGCUCAGAGGGAAAUUUCACGACCUGGGCAGACUGGGCCAGGAGUUGGGUGGGCAAACCCGUAGUCGUUGAAGCAGACUCGACCCUCUGGGUCUAUGCCACAUUCUGCGACAAAAACGACUACCAAAACGUUGGAUAUCUAUGGUGCUGGACUGCCGCCCUUGACUGGGGCAAAUGGCACCAGAUGGACCACAUCGGCAUAGAUUGGCACAUCAAUUCAAUUGCCGGGGUCAACGGUCGAAGGACCGGUAGUGGCCAUGGGGUCAUUGUAACCAACGCUGAGGGAGCCCACUUUAUCAAAGCGACCGGAGGACACGACGACUGGCCUGCUGCCACGGGCAAGACCAUCGAGGAUUCCUUCUAUCGAUCGUCUGUCACUAAAGCCGGCGGGACAACAUCUGGCAACGUUGGUGGCUUUGUCCACUUGAAGAACGGUGUUCUUUCCAUGAUAGACAACAAAGAAGACGUGCUUCACAGUGACUCGCUUGAGGAGGAUGUGAUGGCCUUUUCUGUUUCUCAACUGUCUGAGGAUGACGAUAAGAGCACGGGUUUCCCGAUUGUGUUUUGCAAAGGGUCUGCGACCUAUUUAGCCAGGAUUGUUAGUACUGCAUGA